AGCUUGCUUGGGUUCGCCAGAGAAAAAAGUGUGUCGUUUUUCGGGCGUUUUUUUCGAAAAAAAAAAAACAACGCUCGGAUCGGCAGUUUCUGCGCGAGGGUCUCGCGGGACGUCCACUAUUCAAAAUUCGGCAUGUUUUUCCGGUAAUCGAAAUGGUUGACUGUGGCAAACCGAACCGUUUGAGCUUCUUUUAUAGGCGUCGCGACAUCGUCCCGCAAGAAGGUCGUAUAUUGGACAUCCCCUGCAAGGUCUGCGGAGACUAUUCGUCAGGUAAACAUUACAACAUAUUCGCGUGCGAUGGCUGCGCAGGAUUCUUCAAGCGGUCGAUACGCAGGAACCGCCAGUACAUCUGCAAGGGCAAGGAGGAGGGUUCCUGCACGAUCGACAAGGCUCACAGGAACCAGUGUCGCGCGUGCAGGCUGCAGAAAUGCCAGGAGGCCGGCAUGAACAAGGACGCUGUGCAACACGAACGGGGUCCCAGGAAUUCGACCCUGCGACGCGUGAUGACGUCAUUUUUCGAGAACCACCAGCGGUCCUCCAACGCACCGGGACCUUCGCCGCUGGUACCCGCGGGUACCGCCCUCAAUCUGGCCAUGUCCAAGGGGCCUUCUUCGCAGGACGCGAUGUACCAGUCGAUGGCGGUCGCCCCGGCAGUACCGCCCGCCUUCCUGUGCCACGGCCUCAUGAUGCCCAGGGUGCCGUCCUUGGCGCACUUCCCGCCCCCUGUAAUCAGCCCGCCGCUGACGCCGCCGCCGACUCUCGUCACACCCGAAGCCAUAUGCGAGUCGGCAGCUAGACUGCUCUUCAUGAACGUGCAAUGGACGAAAAGUCUGGACGCGUUCACCGCCCUCUCAUUACCCGACCAGCUGCUCCUCCUCGAAGAAGGCUGGAAAGAGCUCUUUAUCUUGGGGGCGGCGCAGGUGCUGCCCCCGACCGACCUCGCGUCCCUCGCGCGGGGCUCCGAAGAUCACACGAUUUUCCUGCGGAAGCUACGGGACUUCCAAGAGGUUCUCGCCGACGUCAGACAUUUCCAGAUGGAUCACCAGGAGUUCGCGUGUCUACGGGUGGUCGCGUUGUUCAAGACGCCUCCGCCGACGACGACGUGCAAGAGUCUGGAGGAAGUCACCAGGGUGCAGGCGGUGCAGAACGACGCUCAGCUCGCGCUGAGCAAGUACUUGGGAACGGCGAAACCUCAGCAACCUCUGAGGUUCGGCAAGUUGCUGUUGCUGCUCUCCGGGGUGAGGAACGUCCCCGCGGAUACCAUAGAGGAGCUCUUCUUCAAGAAAACGAUAGGGGACAUUCCCAUCGUGAAGAUUAUCUGCGACAUGUACAAGUCGCAGCGCUGAGAGGAUGAGACGGGACCCCACCAAGCCCACCCAACGAUACUACAUAGUACUACUGCCAAUCUGUGAUGCGGGAUAUUGAAAAAAAAAACGAUUUUCUACAUAGAAAAUGGCCGACGUUGAUCGCCGGUCGCCUUUAUUUUUCUACGGACUGACUUGUACACUUAAAUAUAUUUUUCGAAAAUUUUCGAGUGUUUGUUUUU